AUGGCUUAAAAGUUUUCUAUAGAUAUUGUCCCAAAUCUAGAUGGUAUUAGCAUUAUUUCUUCCACUGAUUAGAAGUUAUUUGAAUUAUCAUUUUCUGAUUAGAACAUAAAAUUCUAAUGGGAUGAAUAAAUUGAGCAACUAGCUUAUCCCAAUUUUGUUUUCUUAUGGAUAAAAAAGGAAACAUAUAAGAUUUUUGGCAAGCCAGAUAAUCUACAAUGGUUAUAUGAUUUAUGUAAAGGAAAGUAUCUAUAUUUAUCAAAGGCCAGGGCUAAAUUAAGAACAUUUAUCAAUCAAAAUGAAACAGGAAUAAUUUAUAAAUUAGAUGAAUAAUGUAAUUCAUUUGAGUUAUGUUUUGAGAAAAUUAUAAACUAGAAGCAACAGAAAUAUAAAUAUGAUUAUGACAUUCCAGAGGAAAUAAAAAUUCUUAAGUUAAUUAAUCAGAAUAAAUCUCCCUAUUUAAUAAGACUAGAAACUAUUCAAUACAAUGGAAAUGAAUUUUCAUAUUGUUAUAAAACAAAUAGAUCGGACACUCUGAAAUCACUAAUAAAAGAGUCUUAAAAAUUGAAAAUAAACUAAGUAUUAGAAAUUAUCAGAUAACUGUUAUAUGUUACUAGUUACUUUGAAUAGAUAAAGUUAGUACAUAACUAGUUAGACUUCGAAAAUGUUUAAUAUUCAAAGAUCGACAAUAUAAUUUAAAUCACUAACUUUUCCAACUCAUAUUUGGAACAAAGCAAUACAUAUAUAUUUAAAGCUUAGACAAGUGGUCAUGCUUCUCCAGAAAGUUAUUCUUUUUAAUAUCCUCUGACUACUGCAACCAACAUUUACUAGGUUGGCAUUUUAUUUUAUAUAAUGUACACAAUAUAAUAUCAAUUAGGGUAUUUGGGUAGAAUCCUUUUGGGCAUAAUUAGGAAGAGAUUUAGAAAAAUAAUUUAAUUGGAAAAUUUUCUAUACCACAAUUCAAUGGAUUAAUAAUGGGAAAACAUAAAAAAAUAUUUGAGUAAAUUUUUGAGAUGA